UAUAAAAAGACCCCCUUAUCCUACACCUAAAACUCCGCUCUUGUGAUAUCAAGGUGAAAAGGAUCAGAAAAUGAGCUUGACAGCUAAGGAUAAAGCCGUGGUCAAGGCCUUCUGGGCUAAAAUCUCUGGUAAGACCGACGCCAUAGGCCAAGAAGCUCUGGUAAGAAUGCUCACUGUCUACCCUCAGACUAAAACAUAUUUUGCUCAUUGGUCCGAUCAUUCCGCCGGCUCUGCCGAAGUGAAGAACCACGGCACAACUGUGAUGUCAGCCAUCACUAAAGCUGUGGGCAACAUGGAUGACCUUGUUGGUGCACUGAGCUCCUUGAGUGAUCUCCAUGCCACCAAGCUCCGCGUAGACCCUGGAAACUUCAAGAUUUUGUCCCAUAACAUCCUCGUGGCUUUUGCAGUAAAUUUCCCAUCUGACUUCACCGCAGAAGUGCACGUGUCCGUGGACAAGUUUCUUGCGGCUCUGUCUGCAGCCCUCGCUGAUAAAUACAGAUAAGAUAAUUAUUCCGGGGCUUCUCGUGCAGAUGCAAACGGAGGCAAUACAGAUAAUGGAGCUAAAAUAUCAUAUGCAAAUAAUAAAAUCCAUAACAAUCAAAA